AUGGAACUUCCACCUGCUUUGACUUCGCUUAAAAAAGGAUCAUUUGCAUAUCUUACUGUACGAGAUCGCUGGCCAAAGAUAAUAACAAAAGUUGUUGAUCAAGUUUAUCGAUAUCGACAUGCCCAUAUUGCUGUACAUGGUGAAAGAGGUGAAGAGGAUAUCAGAUCACUCUUGAGUGAGUUAUCAGAAUUGCGAUAUCAUGUCUCAACUGAUAAGCCAUUACGAAAUCUUGAAGAUAAAGCAGAAAAUUGUGAUCUCUGGAAUAAAGAGUUAAAAGAACUGCGAGUAAAAAAAGGUGAAGAUCAAGUGACUUGGUAUCGUUGUGACUGGUUAUUUGCUGAAACGUUUUUAUAUCGAACAAUGAUUGGAUUAUUUAAAAAAACAAAGACGUUACAAGAAUUUGAUCCUUUUGCAUCACAGAAACAAAGUUCCUUCAUUGAUAGUGUGAAUGCUAUGAUUCUUCUUGCAAAAUAUUUAGAAGAAGUUAAGGCAGGAAACUCAAAAGCUGAAAACGUAAUCUCUCAAUUUUUUCAGAUAUGCCUGUGGGGUAAUACAUGUGAUCUGUCACUUUCUUGUGGAGAACAGGUUGCAUCAGUAUCUUUGUUGGAUAUGGUUCAUCAGUUAGCCAAUAAAAUUCUCUGUAAUCAUAUCGAAGAGACCGAAGAUAUCUUAAGAUCUGCCGAAGUGAACUGCAUAGAUAUAGUUCUUGAUAAUGCUGGUAUUGAACUUUUUGCUGAUUUGGCACUAGCAGAAUUAUUAAUGAGUGUGUGUUCUGUCAAGAAAGUCCGUUUUCAUGGAAAGACUAUGCCAUGGUUUGUUUCUGAUGUAACUAGCAGUGAUUUCCAUUGGAUUAUUGAAAUGUUAAUUGGUAACUCAAAUCUUUCUCUGAAGUCUUUCGGCAUGAAGUGUUCUCAAAGAUUAACUGACGGUCAUUUUAUUUUUGAAGCUCAUAAUUUUUGGACUCUUUCAUAUCCUUAUUUUCGAAUGGCAGAAAAAUCUCCAGAUCUAUAUCAUAAAUUAUCCCAGUCUUCGUUAAUUAUUUUCAAAGGUGACCUGAAUUAUAGAAAGCUCGUUGGUGAUCUCGAUUGGCCACUAGAUACUCCUUUCAAAGUAGCUUUGCAAGGUUUUGCUCCGGCUCCGCUUUUGGCACUUCGUACCUUAAAAGCUGAAACUGUAACAGGAUUAAGCUCUACAGUAAUCAAUGAUUUAAGUCGCAAGUAUGGUCAGGGCAAGAGCUGGAUGGUUACUGGGGAAUAUGCAGUAAUUCAGUUUGCGAAUUGA